UUAAAGGUGUGGACAAUGCUGAAGAAACAAGUCCAUGUCAGAAAAGCAACACAUUUAGCUGAACUGCACCAAUUUUGUGGUCAACAAUUCCAGCAGAAGCUUGUGGAUGGCUACCAAAAGCGCCUUAUUGCAGUAAUAAAGGCACUGGCGUACGUACAAGGGCGUGCUCGGACUGGACUCCGCGUCAGGUCCACCAAACCUUGUUUGGACGCCAACAUUGGACCGAGUUCCUCGCACCUCGUCCCGCCCAGCAUGAAGCUCACUAUUGCCCUGGUCUUGGCCAUGGGAGUCGCCAGCGGGCACCCGGGUGGCACCACUGCCAGCCUGGGUGACAACAGUCCCACCGACACACAAUGCGAGACCUCAGCCAAGGCAGACAUCGUGCUGCUGAUCGACGGCUCCUGGAGUAUCGGCCGCCUCAACUUUAAAACAAUUCGCAACUUCAUCGCCCGCUUGGUCAGCGUCUUUGACAUCGGCCCCGAUAAUGUCCAGAUCGGUCUGGUUCAGUACAGCGGAGACCCUAACACGGAGUGGCACCUAAACGCUCACCCCACCAAGGCGUCCCUGCUGAAGGCCGUGGCCAACCUGCCUUACAAAGGAGGAAACACCAUGACUGGGAUGGCUCUGAGCUACAUCCUCCAGAACAACUUCAGACGCCAUGCGGGAAUGCGCCAAGACUCUCGUAAAAUCGUCAUCCUGAUCACAGAUGGAAAGUCACAGGAUGAAGUUGUCACCCACUGGCAGAACCGGACAGAGACCGGCAUGGAGCUCUACGCCAUUGGUGUGAAGAACGCUGACGAGAAUGAGCUUCGGUCCCUCGCCAGCGACCCCCUUGAGAAUCACAUGUACAACGUCAACGACUUCAAGUUUCUGCCGGACAUCUUGGAUGACCUCACCCUCAACCUCUGUAACAGCAUCAAGGGCUCAGACGUGGAUGGAAGCGUCACCAAGGGCUGCGUGGCCAAGGAGGCGGCCUGCCACCCGAGAGGCACCGUGAAGUGGAUGUUGUGCAAGACCCGCCUGUGUAACGGGGCCCCCCGCCAGCCCGGGGCCUCGGCCCUGCUCCUGCUUGCUGCCGCCGCCGCCAUCUUGACUCUGCUGGUGGAGGUGCUGCAGUGAAACAGCCGCCACAAAAUGUCACCUGAGCAACAACACCCGAGUGUCACAUAUUUACCUUUUGAUGCAAUCACAAAUUAAAUCACUACAGUUUGAGUGAGUGAAUCUGGAGAAAUGAUAUUACGCACCUUGGAUCCCUCAGGCGCUACUGCAUCAAAAAGCCACAUCAGUGUGUAAAGGAUAUCACCACAUGGGCUCAGGAACACUUCAGAAAACCACUGUCAGUAACUACAGUUGGUCGCUACAUCUGUGAGUGCAAGUUAAAACUCUACUAUGCAAAGCCAAAGCCAUUUAUCAACAACACCCAGAAACAAGGUAUAUAUGUUUGUAGGUAUAUAAAGUAUAUACAACCGGUGCAAUGGACGUCGAGUGGAUCUAGCAUAAUAUUUAAAAGCUACAAACAGUAUAGGUAUAUAUAUA